AUGCCGAGUAGGGAUACCGUCUACGGUGUUUUGGUCGUGAUUGCUGGAUUUUUGAUCCAUUUAUCAUUUGGAUGCAUGUACACAAUUGGAAAUAUGACGCCGUACAUCGCGUCCUACGUCAUCAAGUAUAUCGACCCACAAUUCAAUAAGGGGCUGGUGGUUUGGGUGUCGGCUGCUGCACUCGCGGCCCAAGGUUUAUUUAUGCCCCUCGGUGGUAUUUUGGCGCCGAAAUUGGGCACAAAAUUGGUCGUCAUUAUUGGAUCGAUUAUCAACAGUGGGGCUUUCAUGUUGACAUUCUUCGGGUUGAAGUAUGGAUUUGUUUGGGUCUUGGUAACCCACCUUAUUUCCCUUGGUCUCGGCGUGGGUCUGGCGUACUCCGUCGUCAUGCAAGCCGCUGCAAGCUGGUUCCCAAGCCAUGGCGGCUUCGUGAUCGGACUGAUUGCGGCUGGUUUCGGACUUGGAGCGCUUGUAUUUACGCCGAUCCAAAUGGCCUACGUUAAUCCACUCAACGUCGUGGUGAAUGCAACAACAAGAAAUUUCGAAGACGAGGCGGUUUUGGGUCGCAUACCAACCUCCUACCUCGUGAUCGGUGGUGUAAUGAUGGGAUUACAGCUAAUUGGGUGCAUCAUAAUCAGGAAGAAGCCGAGUCCCAAGAUGGAUCCUUCAACUGAACUCCGACAAACGAAGGAGUCCGGAGACGCACUGCUAGAAGAUGAGGUAGUUCACAAGGACGCGACAGUCACAGAGGAGUUCAACAUGUCUCCACUGGAGACCCUCAGGUGCCGCUACUUCUACUUCCUCUGGGGACUCAUGUUUUGCAACAUUAUUCCAAUCACCCUGAUUACCUCGGCUUACAAGAUUUUUGGCCAGGCAUACAUCAGUGACGACGUGUACCUCUCCACCAUUGCUACACUCAGUUCCUUGUUCAACUGCCUCGGUAGAGUCUUCUGGGGCUUCCUAGUGGAUAAGUUCUCCUUUAAGGUACCGAUAGCGUCUAUGCUGUUGCUGUGGGCCUUUUCCCUCGUGUGCUUCCCCAAUGUCUUCAUUUGGGGAGUUGGCGUGGCUCGGUUCACCUACGCGAUUUUUGUCUGCCUUAUGUUCUUUGCCAUGUCUGGUGUUUUUGCCAUAAUGCCGGCCGGAACACGCCUUCUUUUUGGACCGAAAAACAUGGCCACAAACUACGGAAUGGUUUUCAGUUCAUUUUCGGUUGGAAGCUGCCUGAGUGCCUUUGCAAGCCAAAUGGCAGGUGGACAAUGGAAUCUUUUGUUCUAUGGAUCUGCCGGUGUUUGUAUGCUUGGCCUGUUCUUCCUGACCUGGAUCUACGACCCCAAGUUGCCGCGUCGACUGCGAUUCUGCUUCCCCUGUGCCAAAACCGAUCAUCGUAGAACCUGA